AUGCGGAUGUCAGACGAGAUCCAAGCUCGUCUGAACCAUAGUGUUCAUGAGCUUUGUGAAGUCCAACAGCUUUUGGCUACUGCAUCAGACCGCGUUCAGACUGCAUUCGACGCGAUCCAAGUAUGCAACGCUCGUGCUGAGGAAAUUGACCCUACCAUCAAUGGAUUGAACCGUCAGAUCCACGCAUUAAACGAAGACAUGGAUAGAGUCUUCGCUUUACGCAACGAUGAGAGUGGCUCAUAUCUUAUACAGGAGAAUGCUCAGCUGAAGAGAGAUGUCACAGCUCUGCAGACAGCUCUUCGCUGUGAGAUAGGGCAGCACCAAGCUCAACUUACCGACUCGGUCAAGCCUGAUCAGGAGUUGGUCCAACGCGUUCAGAGCCUUGAGCAAUUCAUUACUCAACUCAAAACAAGGAUCAAUGAGAUGAGGGAACAGUACGAGAGUGCGAUCAUUGACAACGUCGACCAGAGACACACCAUCGCUGCUCAGGCGGACACUAUCAAGGCCUUGCAGGGCACCCCAGCUUUCAAUGUUAUUGCCAACACUAUGGAUACCAAUGGCGCCACUUCAAAUGGAUCUAUUCCCUUUGGCAAGACAGUGGUUGAGACAAAAUGCGGCCUUACUGUGACAAUUGAGAGCAGUCCUGACAGCAGCCCCAAGAAAGCCAGCCUGCACCAUGGUUGGAUCAAUGAAAUCCCCAGCGGCGCUGCAGUUCCAUUCCCAGACAUCGCCCCUCAAUCUCAAUUCACAAGUCUUGCCCCAGCCAAUGGAGGAUCUACACAGGUAGCCAUCCGUACACCGGGUAGACCAAAGGGAUGUGCUAUUGUGAAGGGGACUCAGGAAGCCAAUGAGUCAUUCGAGCGUAUGCAGCGCACCCUGAAUUUUUCACCUUUGGCCAAUCUUGAGAAUAUUAUUGACACUGACAACAAUGGUACAGCGGAUUCAUCUUCAUCUGCCUCAGGCUCCGCUGUUCCCAUCAUCAGACCCUUUGGCGGGCAUCCUGUGACGCCGAGCAAAGUGAAAUCCAAGCUCAACCCCGUGGUCGAAGCUUUCACUCCGUCCAACAGCAGUGGCAAAGAUUCAGCAAAAUCAGGCAGCAUGCAGGCUUCCUCUCCGAGCAAGAACCAAUUCAAACCCUCGGUCACCGCUACUACCACCAAGGAGAAAAAAUUCGUCCCACCUCACCUUCGUCUUUUUUCUGAGGUCUCCAACAAGAAGCAACCGGUCACCAUCACAGAAGAGCUGUCUGUCAAAGACAAGAUCAAAGACCAGAGCACGAUCGUCACGAGCAGCCUGAAUGAAUACACAAAGGAAGCGGAGCCACUCCAAGCUACCCCUUUGACCCCUCGUGUUCUGCCUCAUCUACGAAGUCUGACCAACGUGAUCAAGAAUGAAGAUGCACCUCCGUCUCAAGAGCAGCGCUCUGGCGAAGGCAAACACAAAGAGGAUACUAUCGAAGGAAUUGAGCUCUUGUCACACGAGUCGGCGCUCAGCGGCAUGAAUGAGAACAUGGAAGCCGCAACCACCUCAAGUGCCUUCGUGAGGCCUGAUCCAGGACUUCAAGCCUGGCUCGAUUCUCAAGAAAAAGCUCAACCCAACAAUGCGUCCGCCAACGAUCCAGCAUCCAUGACCAAUGACACGCUCAUCGAGAUCGAGCCCGAUAUUUCACCCAAAGCUGGCGAAGAUAGGACAGUACCUCUGCCACCGGGCUUCAUCCCAAUCUCUGCCAAAGACGCUCCCGUUGAGACCGAAACAGCUGCUCCCAUUAAUCCCGACCAAGUUGCUUCUCCUAUCGCCACCCACAGCCGCGUCAUUCACCGCAACCCAACCGUCGAGGACGAAGGUGCUGCAUCAGGGCAGGAAGUCUCAGUCAAGCCCAGCUCUGAGGAAGAGAAGAAUGCUACUUUUUUGGCCGAGUACAAUAGGAAGCUCAGCUCAGUCAGUGAGAAGUACGGGAGGGAUUCACGCAAGGGCUCGGAUGCUAAGGAGGAUGGUGUUGACCCUAUUAAAUACGAGGGUCCUGACUCCAGCUACAUUCCUUCCAAACCCACUGGUACGCACGAACCAGGGGCCCUCCUCGACAAGGAGUGCUACAACUUGGUCUUCAAGCCGCGCCAGGCGGUCAAGGUGGAUGGCGUUGGGCAGGAGUGGAAGGCGGUCCGCAAGAAUGGAAAGGUGGUUUACGUGUUGUGA